GGGACUUUGAUCUCAGCAACAACCAAAACAUCAAUCAUGUCUUCGUUCGUUCCUCGCGCCGCAAAGCGGUUACGGCUUUCCACCCGCACUAUUACACCUCUGCCUGUCCGCGCCUUCACUUCCUCACCGUAUCUGGCCGAGCAAAAGCCCAAUCGCAAUGAUGAGAAGACGACGCAUUUCGGUUUCGAGAGCAUUGCAGAGUCAUUGAAGGAGUCAAAGGUCGGUGCCGUCUUCAGCUCCGUCGCCUCCUCCUACGACACCAUGAACGACCUCAUGUCCCUCGGCAUCCACCGCCUCUGGAAAGACCACUUCGUCCGCAGCCUGAACCCCGGCAGCCACACCCCGGGCGCCCCCCAAACCGGCUGGAAGAUUCUCGAUAUCGCUGGCGGCACCGGCGACAUCGCCUUCCGCAUCCUCGACCACGCGACAAACAUAAACCACGACCCAAACACCCACGUCACGAUUUCUGACAUCAACCCGGAAAUGCUGGCCGAAGGUCGCAAACGCGCCGCUCUUUCCCACUACAAUGGCACCGGCAGAUUGGAUUUCGUAGAGGCGAAUGCCGAGAAUUUGCACAUGAUCCCUGACAACAGUAUGGAUCUGUACACUGUGUCUUUCGGUAUCCGCAAUUUCACACACAAGGAUAUCGCAUUGAAGGAAGCAUUCCGUGUCUUGAAGCCCGGUGGUGUGUUUGCCUGUUUGGAAUUCAGCAAGGUCAACAAUCCUGUGUUUGAUUUCGUCUACAAGAGGUGGAGUUUCGCCGCUAUUCCCUUGAUCGGUCAGGUCGUUGCCGGAGACAGAGAUAGCUAUCAAUAUCUCGUUGAGAGUAUUGAGAGGUUCCCCAGCCAGACUGAGUGGAGGGAUAUGAUCAAGGAGGCUGGCUUCGUUGUUCCCGGUGGCGAGAAUGGUCAAGGAUGGGAGGACUUGACUAACGGUAUUGCUGCUAUUCACAAGGGUGUCAAGCCCUUGAAAUAGAACUAUGUGUUGCUCUUCUUCUGUAAUAUAGGCGGCUACGAUAUACAUACAAUGUACAAUUAUCUUCAUAC